UUCAAUAUCGCGUUGAAAACAAAAGAAGAGAAACAACACCAAAAAUCACAAAGAGAAAAUCCACACUGGAAGACUCAGAGAUGGUACAGACAAAAAGAGCUGCAAUUCAAGAUACGUACGGAUGUAUAAAAUGGGAAGUGAAGUUCUUGCCUCUCGGGGAAACAACACAGAGCCAACAAGACAAAAAAGAUGAGCUGAAAAAUCUGUUUCUGCAACAAACUGAGGACCUGGAAAUGGUGAGAUCAAUCAUGAAAGCGACAUAUUUCACUCAACGAAAAGAAGUAAAUGAAGGACGAGCAAUUAAAGAAAUGAGAGAAGACUGGCCAUGGUGGUUUAUGGAAACUGGAAUGACCACACACUUUCAGGAACUGACAGGAAUACACCUGAAAGAAGAUUUUCUGAAGAAUGUUGACCAGAAGGGGAAAAGGCUCCUAAACUAUAUGAAAACAAUAGCCGCCAACAAGAACAAAAAGCUGUGCCAAGCCACGGCCAAGCUUGAAUUCAUCAGGGGAGAACACACAGGGUCUUCUGCAGAUGUCAUCGAGAUGGUCUUGCUUCUCCUGGCCUACUUUGAUGAGAAGGAGGAGGUCAUGUUUUGCUACGUAGAUGAAACCUGUCUGGCCGAAGACGUGGAAUUCGCAGAAGUUGCCUUAACUCCCACGAUAGUUGUAUGUGGACAGUCCAGUUUUUCUGCCAGAAGAAUGAUGCUUAGUAUUGACCAAGUUAUUGUAAAUGACCAAAUGACAACCUUCAUCCAGUCAUUAUGCAUGAUGUUUGGAAGUUAUUACUCCUAUAACAUUCAUUACCCAUCAAAGCUCGCAUCCACCCUGGAGUUUCUUCAGAGAUGUUUCUUCUCCAUUAACCCUGAUAAGGGAUCAAAAGUGGAGAAGACCAGUACAGCCCACAUGCAGGUCAACCCUCGCGUACUCACUCUGAUCCAAGACCUGGCAGACUACGAGUGGCGGGACGUUUAAUAAUAUGUUUCUUCUCCAUUAACCCUGUUAAGGGAUCAAAAGUGGAGAAGACCAGUACAGCCCACAUGCAGGUCAACCCUCGCGUACUCACUCUGAUCCCAGACCUGGCAGACUACGAGUGGCGGGACGUUUAACAAUGUAAGAGUUCUUGUUCAACUUUUAAAAAAGUAUGGAAUUUUGAAAAGGAAAACGUGUAGGAACCCUGAAAUUAGUACAUUAUUAGAGAUAAUGCCCAAUUUACAUAUUUUAAAGGCCCCCUGUGUAAGAAUUUCUCCUAUCUAGUGGUUAGGUGUUGUAUUGCAACCAACCUCUCAAGCGCGGCCUCUUUUAGAACUACGGGAACUGUCGCAUAUCAAAAACUGGCACUAGUUCCGGAUUCCUAGGCUCGUCAAAACAUAAACUUUUCUCUGAAUAAGCAAUAACAAAAUAUUAAUAUAAUGUUGUGUAUAGGGAUGUCAAUUUUCACAAAUUCCCAUGAUCGAUCGUUGUUUAAAUUAACGAUCAAUUAAUCGAUUAAUCGUUAACCUUAAUACUGCAAUAUGCGUCUGCUG